CUGCCGACUACGCUGCCCGCCUCGCCUCCAAGGUUAUCUGUUCAGCUGAGAAAUAACGAAUAAAAAUGUCGAUCUCCGAAUUCAGACGGAAGAAGCUGCUCUACGUUUUCAACGUGUUCUUCGAUGUCAACCAGAGUGGAACCAUUGAAAGGAAGGAUUUCGAAAUUGCCAUUGAAAAAGUAUGCAGUCUUCGUGGAUGGAAGCCGGGAGAUGCUAAGCAUACUGAGACUCAUGAAAUAAUGAUCAAGAUUUGGGACGGGCUGCGGAAGAGGGCUGAUUCCAAUAAAGAUGGACAGGUUUCCGUGGACGAAUGGGUGUCCAUGUGGAAUGACUACGCUCUGAACCCGUCAGCGGCUCUCAAGUGGCAGCAGCUGUACUGCCACUUCAUGUUCCAACUGGAAGAUGCCAGCGCUGAUGGCUCCAUUGAUUGUGACGAGUUCACCACCGUCUGCUCCUCCUACGGUAUCGACCCUAAGGAGUGUAAGAUGGCUUUCACUAAGAUGGCCAAGGGCAAGGCAAACGUGUCGUGGGAAGAAUUCCAAGAAUUGUGGAAGGAGUACUUCUCUACUGAGGAUCCGAAUGCCGCUGGCAAUUUCAUAUUCGGAAGAACCAGCUUCUAAAAUCGUCGCCGUCAAUAAAUCCCUUAUUGGACCUUGAUGAGCAUAAUGUACCGUCUCAUAUAUCUCAUUCUACGAUAUUUCUCUUCGGCUUACGAGGUAUUUUAUGAAACUCGACGGACAAGGUUAUAGUCAAAUUUUGAAUGUAACUUUUAUCUCUUUAUGUGCGAUACCAAGUUUUGUGUAAAAGAAAUUACACCUUUAAAUGUGUCCGUGUUACAUUUUUCUUCAUAUUAGUAAAUCAAUAGAUGUAACUUUAAACUUUGAAUCAAUUUUAAACUAUUUCAAGCUCAAACUUUUCCUAUCAUUCUGAAUUUCUUAGAAUAUGCGCUACAACGAACGAAUUGUUCCCUUUUCUAA